UUCGUAUCCCUCACCACACUUCCGAAGCGAGUUUAGCGUAGCCUGUUUCGCUACGGCGAACUGGCUGGCAUUGUUGUCCUACCCGUACCUAUCGAGCGAUGUUUUAUAAAAGGACUUUCCCUGUUUAUUCGACAAAAGCUGGAAGGUAACCGGGCAUUAUGGAGGAGCCUUGGGACUUUGAGUUUCUGUCCCGUAUCGCCGAUGGUUGUUUGUCGUUUCUGUCCGAAUUCGUGGAGGACUGGCUCGCCAACGACAUGAGAGUGUCCAUAUUCAAAAUCCUCCUCAGCUGGUUAAUUUUCAGUCUCCUGGCUAUUCACUUCGCAUGGAAGGUUUACGGGAACACGGUGAACGAUAUGUAUUACCGGCAGGGGAGCGGGCAGAACGGGGGGACAUCUGACAUAACGACUGGCCUGGGCAGAUGCAGGGGGAACACGGCAGGGGAACCAUUCAAGUCUCAUAGGGAUUAGCUGGACUGUUGUGCCAUCGAUAUGGAUUUCUAGGAACUCCCAGGGACCGUGAAUGAACGUUCAAAUUCAGAUUUAUUUUUUUUUUAAAUUUAAAGAAAAAAAGUUUGACAUCAGUUCAUAUAAACUGUACAGUUGACUGAAAAUAAGAUUGUAAAUACAGAAUUGAUUCUAAA